GCGCAGAAGUCAGCGUCCUUCCACCACGACCAUCAGACCGUACACACCGCCAAGGUUAUGAUCUUCAGGCAGCCAAUUCCUCAACAAUUGCUACCUACGGUACCCGAUCUUUAACCAUCAACCUCGGUCUUCGACGAUCCUUUCCCUGGAUUUUCACCAUCACAGACGUCAACCACGCCAUCAUCGGCGCUGAUUUUCUUCGCCAUUUCAACCCUCUCGUUGACCUACGCACACGCAGCCUUAUUGACACGAAACUCCUCGGCGAGUAUCCAGACAUUACCAGACCAACAACCAAGCAAACUGCUGUUAAGCACAAUGUCGCCCACCACAUCCUUACGCGAGGACCACCUUGCUCUUCGCGACCCCGGCGCCUUCCACCAGAACGACUGAAGAUCGCUAAAGAUGAGUUUCAACAUAUGUUGGACAAGGGAAUUAUCCGCCCCUCCAGUAGUUCUUGGGCCUCUCCACUUCACAUGGUUCCCAAAUCUCAACCCGGGGACUGGCGUCCAUGCGGGGACUAUCGUGGUCUUAAUCGCGUCACCAUACCUGACCAAUACUCCGUUCCACAUAUUCAAGAUUUCUCCGCCAGCCUCCAUGGUAAAACCAUCUUCUCCAAGAUUGACCUCGUUCGAGCUUAUCACCAAAUCCCUAUGGCUGAAGACGACAUUUGUAAGACCGCAAUUACUACCCCUUUUGGUUUGUUUGAAUUUACCAAGAUGCCCUUUGGUCUUCGCAACGCAGCCCAAACCUUCCAACGCUUUAUGGACGAAGUUACUCGUGGCCUCGAUUUCGUUUAUGUGUAUAUUGAUGACAUUCUCAUCGCUAGCACGAACGCCCUCGAACACGCUGAUCAACCCCGCUAA